GUUAGCUCAUUAGCUGCUAACGCUGCUAGCCGGCAGCUGUCAUAACAAACAGCUAACCAACAUCCGGCUAACUGGGAGCUAAGUUAAGUUAAGCUACGUUAAACUGGGAUCGUUCCGUGAAUCAGAGCUUCCACUUUAAAGAAGAGUUACUGGUAACACGUCAUUUAGUUCCUGUGUUAGUUUAAAACUUUAUUUAAAACAGGCCUUUCAGCUGUGGGCGGAUGUUCCUUCACAUUAGCCACUGAGCUAACUUCGCUAACCGGUUGUUUCGCUAACUUCAUGCAGACUAUAAAGUGUGUGGUGGUGGGUGACGGAGCAGUGGGGAAGACCUGCCUGCUCAUCUCCUACACCACCAACAAGUUCCCCUCUGAGUACGUCCCCACGGUGUUUGAUAACUAUGCAGUGACGGUGAUGAUCGGGGGGGAGCCCUACACUCUGGGACUGUUUGACACUGCAGGUCAGGAGGAUUAUGACAGGCUGCGGCCCCUCAGCUACCCUCAGACCGACGUCUUCCUCGUGUGUUUCUCCUGCGUGUCACCUUCCUCCUUCGAGAACGUCCGAGAGAAGUGGGUCCCUGAGAUUUCCCACCACUGCCCGCGGACGCCGUUCCUGCUGGUCGGGACGCAGGUGGACCUGAGGGACGACAGCAACACUCUGGAGAAACUGGCCAAGAACAAACAGCGAGCCCUGAGCUGCGAGAGCGGAGAGAAGCUGGCUCGGGAGCUGAAGGCCGUGAAAUACGUGGAGUGUUCGGCGCUCACACAGCGGGGAUUGAAGAAUGUUUUCGACGAGGCCAUCCUUGCAGCUCUGGAGCCUCCGGACAACAAACCCAAGAAGCGCUGCGUCCUGCUAUAGAUGUCCCGAGAGGAAGCGGAGGUGGACACGGGGAACAGAGAUAAAACCCAGACGGGGGGCGGGGGGGGGGGGGGCGUGAGACAGCAGUGCCUUCAGCCGUAGUGACUUAAUGUGGGUGUGGUGUUGUCACGGACACGAGCUUUGUUUUCAUCAUAGAUACACGUCACCAUAACACAACUAACACAUUGGAACAACACUCCAGGAAAUGAGGCAGAUUCCAGAACAGUGGGCGGAGCCACAGUUACAGCUGAAACUAAAAAAAAACAUUAAAAUAAAAAACAAGUCUUUAAAAAGAAUUGUCUAAAGUGUCUGAAGUAGAUUUUAGGGCUUAAAACACAAACAGGUGAAGAUCAGCUAUCUAUGCUACAUCUGGUUAAUUAAAUGUGUUCUAUUAAUUGAUCUGCUGUUGAAGAUGCAAGUGACACAAAACGAAAUGUAGUAUUUUCUUUUUAUUUCUGGUAUUUACACACAGCUACUUUAGAGGAAGCAGUCCAGAGAUGUGAUAAACUGAUUAUCUCAGAUCGACCGAACCUUCUUCAUCAUCUGGAUAAAAACAAAGAUUUAAACAAAGUAAAGAAGUUAAUCAAGUUAUGAUUCAGACGAAUGGACAAGCUGCUGUUGUUUCUUUUAUCAAAGUUCACCUGAAGUGUGUGUUUGCAGUGAAGCUGCAGAAUCGACAUCUUUACUCAUUUACUUCUGUUUCCUGCUCAACACGAGGAUCCCGGAGCUUUCACUCACGUGUGGAGACUCAGGGUUUCAGCUGAGACUCACACGUUUGCACAUCACGACAUGUUGUUGUCACCGUGGCCUUUUCCCUGCUGACGUCUCACUGUGGACAACAAACACACAACAGUUUAAAUAUAAAUAUGAUUGAAACUCCCUCCUGGGGCAGAUGACGAUGUAAAGGAGGAAAACUGUUCUGAUGUCGGCCAGUAGAUAUAUAUUCACAUAUUUUUUUAAAUCGUCAGUGAUCGCUGAAAAGGUUUUUUAAAUCCUUAUGACAGGGACAUGUAAUUAAGGUUUGUUAUUUUACAGUUUAACUUUAUUAUCAAUAACUACAAAUACAAAUAAAAACAUAAGCAACCAAAUAUAAAGAAGUUGAACACCCGGUAAACUCCAUAAACACAUUUACUUCCUGACCUGCAGCUGCCUCACAGGUUCUCAUCUGUCCUGGCUGCAUCUUGGUUCAGUAGAUUUGACUUCUCCCUCACACGACUCCUCGUUCACUCCUCGUUCAUUCCUCGUUCACUCCUCGCUCCUCCUGCCUGGACUGGAACAUCAAGUGCUCGUUGGUGUAUUAGCGCCUCCUGGAGGCAGCACAGGGGAAUACCGCUCAGUUCAAAGGUUGUUUUGUGGCCAGUAGCAAAUAAUCAGUGUUUGUUAACGUGAACAAAUCUCAGAUGUUAUGGCUCUUUCACACCUUAUCAGACACGUCAGGUGUGAACGGUUCCUCGGUCCAGACCCACCAACACAUCUAGUCAGACCAGAGGAGCUGGUUCUGGUUCUGGGUCUGGGACCAUGAUUCGGUUCUUUUGUUCUUUUACUGAUUAUCUUAUUUGAAGGUGACACAACAAUUCAAAUCCUUAAACUGAGCCUAUCCCCAUUAACAUGAACUAAAAUUCCACUUUGCUUAAAUAUGUAUUUCCAUUGUUUUGGAGAUGACGGUUUAUAACGUAUGGAUGAUCACAAGUAUUAUUUUAUUUCCUUUGCUUCUUACUGUUUCUUGGGGAACAUUGUUUUACCAGGUUUCUUUUUGGACACUUUAGUUUUUUAUUCUUUAGAUAUUUUAACCUUUACUUGACAGUUGUGCCAACAGCUUGAGUGAGAUUCACCGGCCUGGUUUGUCCAACUGAACAAUAACAAGCUUCUUACUUCAGAAAUUCAAUCACAAUAACAGCUGAAGCAAUAACUACAGAUGUGGAAACCUCUGUAUUGAAAGAUGAAUGUUGGAACUAGUGGGUGUUUGGAAAUAAUAAAAACUACUUGAAUGUUG